UGAACCAGCCUUCAGAGAGCCCUGACAGUGCCUUGAUACUAAACAAACCCAGAAAUCGCCCCCUAUGAAUCUUUCACCAGCAACAGAACAAUCUCAAGAAACUUUAAUGGCUUUUUAAAAAAAUAGACUUCAUGUUCAUGAGCUAGCCAUGGAAAGUUUCAGCAGAGAAUAAACAAGCCAAAGCAGGGAAGGAAUGAGGCUAUCAAAAAGAAAAACCCACGUAAUCCCAGAAUUCCAAUCUACCUGCUUUAUUAUACAAAACAAGAUGUUGUGUGAGUUUUUCUUCCCCUGCUUGGUCUUUUACUGGUGCAUACAGCUAGAUUUCCCAUUUCUGUACUAGAUGGACAAUAUUUAAAAGGACCAUUGGACUGUGAUCCUUCAAGUCAGGGAUUGUACCACUGAGAAUUCACGUUGGGCUACUGUUGACAUCCUUCUGCUUCUGCCAUGGAAGAGAAAUCCUCGCAAGACCUGCUCUUCAGAAAUCAGGAUUUCUCCUCUGAGCUGCUAAAGCAGCUCAACAUUUUACGACAAAACAGAAUCCUAACAGACAUUGUUCUAUGUACAGGUGACAUUGAAAUCCCUUGUCAUCGGAAUGUUCUUGCUUCAAGCAGCCCAUACUUCAAGGCAAUGUUUUGCAACAACUUUAAAGAGAGCAGUCAGGAAAAAGUCAACCUCAAGGGCAUAGACUCAAACAUUCUUCAUUGUGUUAUCAUUUAUGUUUACACGGGAGAGAUUCUCAUGACAAUGGAGAAUAUUUUGUAUCUAAUGGAGACUGCUUCCAUGCUCCAGUACAUGACACUGUUUGAGGCCUGCUCGGCCUACCUCCAAGACCAACUUGCUCCAGAUAACUGCCUCAGCCUGAUUAGGCUCUCAGAAAUUUUGCACUGUGAUAAUCUCAACAAGAAAGCCAAGGCAAUGGCUCUGAGGUGUUUCCCUGAAGUAGCCACUUCCGAAGACCUGAAAGAUCUUUGCGCAUUGGAGUUAAUAGACUACCUUGGAGAUGAUGAGCUCUGUGGAGAGGAGGAACAAGUUUUUGAGGCUCUCAUGAUUUGGGUGAGGCAUGAUCUCCAGGCACGGCAAGGCUAUAUCCAAGACUUGUUCAAGAAGGUAAGGCUUCAGUACGUUCAUCCAACAUUUUUUUUCCACUUCAUUGCCAACAACUCUCUAAUUCAGUCAUCCCCUGCAUGUCGAAAUAUCCUGGAACUGGCCACUAAGCAGAUGUUUUCUUUGUAUAGUGUCAAUGCUCCUGAUAUCAAACCUAUGUGGCAUGUUCCUCGGCGAUAUUCAUGCCGGGAAUUCCUCCUUAUGGUUGGUGGCCGGAAAGACAAUAAACAAACAACGAGAGAUGUCUUGCUGUACGAUGAGAAGACAAACCAAUGGCUGAGCCUUGCCAAAUACCCAGCAUGCCUCUACAAGGCCUCUGCAGUGAGCAUGCACAGUAAUGUUUAUCUCCUCGGAGGCAUUCCCAUUGGCAGUGGGAAAAACCAGGUCAGCGACAAUGUUUAUAUCUUCUCACUCAAACUUAACCAGUGGAGGCUGGUAGAGCCCAUGUUAGUUCCACGCUAUUCCCACAGGAGCAUUGCCUAUAAAAACUAUAUAUUUGCUAUUGGAGGCAUUGGAGAGAACCAGGAAAUCCUAAAUUCCAUGGAAAGAUAUGACAGUAUCUACAAUGUCUGGGAGCACAUGGCAAAUAUGCCUGUUGCUGUUCUGCAUCCUGCCGUGUCUGUCAAAGACCAAAGAAUCUAUCUGUUUGGAGGGGAAGACAUGAUGCAAAACCCUGUCCGGCUAAUACAGGUAUAUCAUGUGUCUAGGAACAUGUGGUUCCGAAUGGAGACCAGGAUGGUGAAGAAUGUCUGUGCACCAGCAGUUGUGAUUGGAGACCGGAUUUUUAUUGUUGGAGGGUACACCAGGCGAGUCAUUGCUUAUGAUACCAAGACCAACAAAUUUGUGAAGUGUGCGGACAUGAAUGACAGGCGGAUGCACCACGGUGCUGCGGCAAUAAAUGAGAAGCUGUAUUUGACAGGCGGUCGCUGCCUUACCAUUGACAAUGAAAUCAAAGACUCCGAUUCGCUCGAGUGCUAUGACCCCAAGACGGAUACCUGGGCUUCAAAGGGGCAACUACCACACAAACUGUUUGACCAUGCGUGCCUUGCACUCCAGUGUGUGCCUUAUGCCAGCCUCUUGUGAGAGGAAGGUGGAAGCCAUGUUGUUUUCCUCAAGUGGAAGGCCCAGAUUGCUAUCUGCAUGGAGAAUACUGGUAAACUUUUGCAAGAAAAGCCACCAAAAGGGUUUAUAUCUGCACCAUACAUUUAAAGCACUCUUAUACCACUUUAACAGUCAAGGCUUCCACCCUGAAGAAUCCUGGGAACGGUAGCUUGUUAAGGGUGCUGAGAGUUGUUAGGAAACCCCUCACAAUUCCUUUAACGCACUACAGUUCCCAGGAUUCUUUUGGAUCAAAGGGCCAUGACUGUUAAAGUGGUAUAAAAAUGCUAUAAAUGUAUGGUGUGGAUGUGACCAAGGAAUGAUAGAUGGGGGUGGAGAUAUUAGGAUUUCAGUUCUUGGUUCUGAAUCCUGUGUCUCAUCAUAUUGUGAGCUAAAGUGAGAAGUUUACCUCAGGUGGCAGAGUAUUUGGGUGUGAUUAAAGGUUUCUUGUGUAAUGUUAUAAUGUUGGCCGUUUUUUUGUUGUGGUUUUUUUGUUGUGGUUUUUUUGUUUUUUUUUAAAGAGGUUUCUUUAAUUUGGAUUUUCUGCCUCAGAUACCCAAAUGUACCCAGGGCCGGAUUAACCUGAGGAGGGCCCCUAGACUGAUUCUGAGCCGCCCGCCGUCCCAUGCCAUCCCCCCCGCUUCACCUACCUUUCCGCUUUUUUGCGGCUGUGCGCACUGUGCGCACAGGUUUGCCAUCAAUCAAGAUGGGGGCUGAAGUUUCCCUAAGAGGCUGAAGCCUCUGCCGCCAUCUUGAUUGAUGGCAAACAGCAAAAAACAGCGGAGAAAAAGGUAAGUGAAGCAGGGGGAUAGCGGGCAGUUCGGAAGCUCUUGUCCCGCGAUCCACUGCUCCUGUCCUGCUUCCACAGAUUGCGGGCCCCCAAGAGCUCCAGGCCCCUAGGCUUCAGCCUACUAAGCCUAAUGGAUAAUCCAGCUCUGGAUGUACCAUGUCCUCUGUCCAGUUUUCUGAGGACUUUUUUUCACAAGAGGCCAUUCUGGGAAGUGGUAACACAUAGCAUAAGCAUCUAGUGGGCCUUCCUAGCAACCACAUCCAGACAAAAGUGACUGUUGAUACUUGUUGUUGGUUUUAAUGUGCAUAUGUCCUUAGAUCUAAGUGUUCACCGAUUCUGCUUUCUCAGAAGAUGUCUCCCUGUUACAGUUAAAGGAUCGGCCCUUUCAUACGAUGCUUUAUAAAAGCAGUAAUAGAUUGUGGGGCUGGGAAAUGGCUCCACACUGCUGAUUAGCUGGCUAUGCAUGGCUGGUGGCUUCCAGAAAUAUUACAGUUGGCCACCUGUAAGCCAUGGACCAAUUCUAAAGUGGAAGUGGAAGGAGGAGCCGGCAGGCCCCAGCAUGGAACACAGGUACAUACAGAGCUUGGAAAAGUUACUUUUUUAAACUACAAUUCCCAUCAGCCCCAGCCAGCAUGGUCACUGGAUUGGGCUGAUGGGAGUUGUAGUUCAAAAAAGUAACUUUUCCAAGCUCUGACAUAGCCAGCUGUCUUACAGACAAUCAGACCAAUGGUCCAUCUGUUGUCUGCACUGACUAGCAUGGCUUUCCAGGGUUUCAGACAGGGCACAUUUCCAGCCCUAUAUGGAGACACUGGGACCUUCUGCAUGCAGAGUAGAUGCUGUACUGCUGUGCCAUGGCCCUCCCCCAAACGCAAGGAGCAGAAGACAGGCUACAGGUGGGAAUGGGAUGGUAGCUUGAGAUCAGCCUCAAAAAAUGGCAGAAGAUCAGCUGAACAGGAGGAAAGAAAAAUGAAAGGUGUCAGCCUGGGAGAUGCUGUCCCAUCUGCAGUCUAUUAGCCCCUAUUGUAGUCUUUUUUCUGUUCUCUUGCCUCACACCUCAAACUUUCCCUCCCGUGAACCCUGUUGUGUGUUGUUAAAGGUUUUCACUUUGAUCGUCACCAGGACUCUUUGUGGGGGUUACGCCUGUCCUUUUAACUUCAGGCAUUUAUCAAGGAGCAAGUAUGGUUCCAAGGGCACUGUUUUGCUCGUGCUGUAACAUGUUUAUCAUUUUAAUGCUUUUCUCAUUUUCUUUUGAUUAAACAGACCUGACAAAGUUAUGGAAGAAA